AUGUAUUUUGGGGUCCCUCUUGUGGGGGAUGCCGAUGAGGGACGACCAACCUGUAAAUUCCAGGCUGAUAGUGGAUGUCGGCAUCGGGUCGAGGUAAGCAAGGAUAAAAGUGAAAUGUAUUCAGGACAAGAGGUGGCAAAAGCCAUUGAUAUGGUGGUUUACGAAGAGUUGGGCGAGGGUGUGAUAUACAGAGCUCAAAGAUUGAGUGAGAAGAGGAAAGCAAGUACAGAACGAGAGCUGGAUGAGACAGUGGAUCAACUACGGAGGAUUUGUAUGAAGAAGCUGACAUGCGGUGGUGGACGGACAACGGGCGGCAGUCGACCAACUGCUUUCGUCGAAGGUGGUCGCGUCUGGCUAACGGUCAACAAACUGUGGAUGGUCCGGAGAAGAAAGGAGUGGCUGCGCCGGGCUCGCUGUCAACAAACGGCUGUGAAGGUGCGGCGGCCAGUGACGAUGAGAAGCUGA